GGUGAAUAUUCUACAGGCAUCUGCAUUUGCAUCGCGUCUUUCUUUUACCUUCUUCACCUUUGUGCCGGAAAGGUCACUUUUUUUUUUUCUUGCCUCUUACCUCUCACCUCUCACCUGCCACCUCAACAAACAAUAAAAAAAGAAAAGGACGUCACGACAAGAAUCAAUCAAUCCAUCUAUCGCUAUCUUGUCAUAAUGGCGACCGUGGCGCCUCGUCCGGAAUCCGACUUUUCCACUCCCGGACACGCCCUCCCCGAUCAGACCCAAACUCAGACCCAGACCGAAGGAGAAUACAAGCAAAAUCUGAAUCAGCGACUUCGUUGCCCCGACUGCAAUGAAGAUCCCCCGAAUCUAGUUGAAGAGUUCUCAUCGGGAGAUAUGGUCUGUGGUUCCUGCGGGCUGGUCCUUGGUGAUCGCAUCAUCGACACACGAUCCGAGUGGCGUACCUUUGCCAACGAUGAUCAAGGCAACGAUGAUCCUUCUCGUGUCGGUGACGCCAUGAAUCCCCUCCUGAACGGCUCCCAGCUCGAGACCAACAUUGGCUUUGGUGAAGGCAUGCGCGCGCGAGAGCUACACCGUGCCCAGAACCGAGUUACCAACGACAAGGCCACGAAGACCCUCUUGGCUGCUUACCGUGAGAUUACUCAGCUCUGCGAUGCUAUCCAUAUCCCCAAGGCCACCCAGGAUUCUGCGAAGCAUAUAUUUAAGAUGACUGAGGACAAGAAGGUGUUUAAGGGCAAACCGCAAGAGGCUGUUAUCGCAGGUUGCAUAUUCAUAGCGUGUCGACAGUCUAAGGCACCUCGCACAUUUCGUGAGAUCUACUCUCUAACCAGGGUCUCCAAAAAGGAGAUCGGAAGGACUUUCAAAACGUUGGAGAAGAUGUUGCAAACCAGCCGUGACGAAAAUGUUACCGGAUCAUUCCUCAUGGUCGAGAACUACGAGGCUACCGGAACCACUGGCGCGGCCGAGCUGUGUGCUCGAUACUGCAACAACCUGCAGUUUAAGAACCCCCAUCUCAUGGAAAAGAUCUCCAAGGUCUUGGCCGAGAAGAGUUCUUCCCUCAAAGAUCUUGCUGGCCGAUCCCCUCUUUCGAUCGCUGCCGCUUCGAUAUACAUGGCAUCUCAUCUUAUGGGUGACCCUAAGACGUCUCGAGAUAUCGCCGCCGUAGCUGGCGUGAGUGAUGGCACUAUCAGGACGGCUUAUCGACAUAUGUAUCCGUCUCGCAAGGAGCUGAUCGAGAAGGAAUGGGUUUAUCCGAUAGGUGCUGGUCGUAUGGAUAACCUUCCUACGAACUAAAUAGCGGAGGAUUCGUUGUCCAACUGACAAGCAAGUCAAAUUUGGUACAGCUUAUUAGGUGUGCCUGGAAAUUGUGGGUGACUCUACGGUGACCAGCACAUGCGCCGCCUACUUAGCAAAAUCUGGUUACGGGAUUUUCGGAUCUCUUUGGCACGCACCGUCCUUUGCAGUUUUGACUGGCCUUGUUGGUCGGUUUAUAAUAUUUUCUCGAUGUCCCAAUCGGGAUAAACUUCCGUACGCGGAAGGAGGAAACGUACUCGCCGUUUGGGUGAUUUCCAUAGGCCGGUACCAGUUUCUUAGUGUUGGUUUUUACGCGGUCUUGCUCUUGAGAUAUAGA